AUGCCUCCGAGAGCGCAGACCAACGUGUUGCGUGGUCGCGGUCGGCCCAAGAGAGCCGCUGCUGAUGAGGCGUCGCCCGCGCCUGUCGCGAACGCGUCGGAGAAGAAACGCGGUCGCGUCGCAAAGGUUGACGCAGUCGACGCCCCAGCUGAACCGCCAAAGAAGCGCGGUCGGCCAGCAAAAGUGCAACAGGAAGAGCCCGUCACUGUCUUGGAGGCCCCCAGGCGUAGCCGACGCUCGCUCGUUGCGCCCGAAGCUCCUGUCGAAGCAGCCAAGAAGCGACUGGGACGGCCAGCCAAGAAGGAAGUCGUUGAAGCACCCGCUACCGCUACAGCGCCAAAGAAGCACGCAGCUCGUUCGAACAAGUCAGAUGCUGACGUGCCUGCCGCCCCAAAGCCUCGUGGCCGCCCACCUCGGAACGCCGCCGCUGUCGACCUCAGUCGCGUCGCAGGCUCAUCUCGCGUCAUCAAGUCGCGUAGCAAGCCAGCUCCAAGGGCGACCGCUGCCGCCAUCCAGACAGCCCCCGUCCCCCGUAUGGACCCGCGCAUGCGCUCUAAGCUCCGUACCCGUGCCCCUCCAGCACAGAAGGCCAAGGAAGACGUAGCGCCGCAGCCCACCAAACGUCGCGGCAGGCCACCCAAGACCAACAUUGCCGCCGUUCAAGCGCCCUCGCCUAAGAAGCCUGCCGGUCGCAAAGCUACAAAGGCAGCCGUCUCCAAGCCCAUAGCUCCGCGCAAGAAGCGAGGCUACACUACACUCGACAUCCCUGACAAGUUCGCCGCUCAAGUUCGGCAGUAUAUUCAGGAGCUGGAAGAUGCCGACUCUCUCCCAACGCCCGCUGAGAAUGAGGCUGAGCCCGAGACAGGAGCUGAAGAGGCCGCUGCCAACGCUGAAGACGAGUAUGAAGAUGAAAAUGAAGAUGAAGAGGGGGGUGGUGACGUGGUUAUCGAGGAGGAAGUCUUCGUCACCAGCGCGACAGCUAGCGCUGACCUGGAAGGUGCUCUUACCUCCGAAGCAAACGAGGACCAAGAUCUGAAUGCAGGUGGCGAAGAAGAAGAUCUCCAAGACGAGUACAACCAAGACAUCGUCGACCGGGACUCCGUCGACGAGUCAGCUGAGCCCGCCGCAGAAGUCGACCUAGAGAUGGGCGUUCAAGGAGAGGAAGUCUAUGUGGACGGAGACACUGAUCACAUAGAUGCGCUUGCUCAACAAGGCGACGCAGAUAUGGAUAGCCCAGAAGACGAUACCGAAGUACAUACCCAUGGCGUUGAGUCGAGCGCUGCAGUUGGAUUCCUUUUCAAUUAG